ACAGAAAAGGGGAGGAGUUUAAUGUUGCCGUUAAAGGCGAGUCCAGUUGUCUCCUCGUUGUGUUCAUAGAGAUUUUCAGUCUUCAAGCGUCACUCCGCCUUGGCUUUAAACGGAUUUUUGCGUCCAGCAGCGUUUGAAUAAAAACCGAAAUGGCUGAUCAACUCACAGAGGAGCAGAUUGCUGAGUUCAAGGAGGCCUUCUCGCUCUUUGAUAAGGAUGGAGAUGGUACCAUCACCACCAAAGAGCUGGGUACAGUCAUGCGGUCUCUGGGCCAGAACCCCACAGAGGCAGAGCUGCAGGACAUGAUCAAUGAGGUGGAUGCUGACGGAAAUGGAACGAUAGACUUCCCAGAGUUCCUAACCAUGAUGGCCCGGAAGAUGAAGGACACAGACAGCGAGGAGGAGAUCAGGGAAGCAUUCCGUGUCUUUGACAAGGAUGGCAACGGCUACAUUAGUGCUGCUGAGCUGCGUCACGUGAUGACAAACCUAGGAGAGAAGCUGACGGACGAGGAGGUAGAUGAGAUGAUCAGAGAAGCAGACAUUGAUGGAGAUGGUCAGGUCAACUACGAAGAGUUCGUACAAAUGAUGACGGCGAAGUGAAGGCCUUGUACAGAUUUCGUAUAUAAAUUUGCCUUUUUCUUUGUGUAAUUUAUCUGUAAAAUCUUAAUAGC